CCGCGCUCAGUGCCAGGCGGGAGGCGGCAGCGGUUGGACGCUUGCUCGGCGGCUGCGGAGCUUGCGGGACUUGGGCGGCGGCGGCGGUGCCUCGGGCUCCUGGCGCGGGCACCUCUAGGCAGACACCAUGAGGCGAGUGGUACGACAGAGCAAGUUCAGGCACGUGUUUGGCCAGGCUGUGAAAAAUGACCAGUGCUAUGAUGACAUCCGCGUCUCCCGAGUCACCUGGGAUAGCUCCUUUUGUGCGGUUAACCCCCGAUUUGUUGCCAUCAUCGUAGAAGCAAGUGGGGGAGGGGCGUUCCUGGUGCUGCCCUUGCACAAGACUGGGAGAAUUGACAAAUCCUACCCCACAGUAUGUGGCCACACAGGACCCGUGCUCGACAUCGACUGGUGUCCACACAACGACCAGGUCAUUGCCAGUGGUUCAGAGGAUUGCACGGUGAUGGUGUGGCAGAUCCCAGAAAACGGACUCACUCUCUCGCUGACCGAACCCGUGGUGAUUUUGGAAGGCCAUUCCAAGAGGGUGGGCAUAGUGGCUUGGCAUCCGACCGCACGCAACGUUCUGCUUAGUGCAGGUUGUGAUAAUGCCGUCAUUAUCUGGAACGUGGGGACAGGGGAAGCCCUCAUAAACCUGGACGACUUGCACUCGGACAUGAUCUACAAUGUGAGCUGGAACAGGAACGGCAGUCUGAUAUGUACGGCCUCCAAAGACAAGAAAGUGAGAGUGAUUGACCCCCGGAAGCAGGAGAUCGUGGCCGAGAAAGAAAGGGCCCACGAAGGAGCUCGGCCCAUGAGAGCCAUCUUUUUGUCAGACGGCAACGUCUUCACCACUGGCUUCAGCCGCAUGAGUGAGCGGCAGCUCGCCCUCUGGAAUCCGAAAAACAUGCAAGAACCCAUCGCCUUGCAUGAAAUGGACACCAGCAAUGGCGUGUUACUGCCCUUCUAUGACCCCGACACCAGCAUCAUCUACCUGUGUGGGAAGGGAGACAGCAGCAUCCGCUACUUUGAGAUCACAGACGAAUCUCCCUACGUCCACUACCUCAACACUUUCAGCAGCAAAGAGCCCCAGCGGGGGAUGGGGUACAUGCCCAAGAGAGGGCUCGACGUCAACAAGUGUGAGAUCGCCAGAUUCUUCAAACUUCAUGAGAGGAAGUGUGAGCCCAUUAUCAUGACUGUUCCAAGGAAGUCCGACCUUUUCCAGGAUGACCUGUACCCAGACACAGCAGGCCCAGAGGCCUCCCUGGAGGCAGAGGAGUGGUUUGAGGGGAAGAAUGCUGACCCACUCCUCAUUUCUCUGAAACACGGCUACGUACCGGGCAAGAACCGAGACCUCAAGGUGGUCAAGAAGAACCUGCUGGACAAUAAGCCCUCGGUCAACAAGAAAGGUGGCCUGAUAGGCCCCGCCAAGGGCGUGGCCGAUGGUGUUGGCACCGUGCAAAAUGAAGCCAAAUUGGAUGAGAUCCUCAAAGAGAUUAAAUCCAUCAAAGACACGAUCUGCAAUCAGGACGAGCGCAUUUCCAAGUUGGAGCAGCAGAUGGCGAAGAUUGCUGCGUGAAGGCAGCCCGGCCGGGAAAGGGGGAGGGUGGAGGGGGGCGCUGGGGGAAACCCCCAACCUUGGGCUACAUUCCCCCGCGCAGGAAUGAGCCGCCAUUUAAGAAGCGGAGCUUUUUAUCAAAAGCCUUUCUGAUGUUUUAAGUGUUCCGUGACUGUUUGUUGAACUUUAAAGAAACAAAAAAAAAAGUGCUACUUUUAAAGUUCCAGAUCUUCUGAAUUUUGGAAACCAAACCAUUAAGACUCAGUGUUGUGCCCAGGCCUCUUUUUAUCAUUAUUGUUGUUGUUGUUGUUGCAAACUAGGGACCAAUGGAUGCCACGUCGCUCUUUAGAAUUUGUUGUUUUUUUUUAAACUUGCCAAAAACCAAAAGUAGCUUUUUUCCCCUCUGUAUUUUGCUACUUUGCAGUAUUUGUGUGUGUGUGUGUAUUUUUCCUUAAUUUGAAAGGGACAGCACUGUGUAUGUUUAUAAAAUGAAGAUAAAAUAUUAUUUUAUAUAAACAUUCAUCUUAGAACAAUCAGAGCAGUAGCCACUUUGUGCUGCCUUGUCUGUGGCAUGAAGGGAGUCAGGGGAAGGAAGCUUUGAGCAGUCCCGAGGGUGGCUUGGCCCCAGCCUCCCGGUCUCCCCCCUCGGUCUUUAGAUUGGCCUCCUCUCCUUUCCCUUAGUGUGAAGUCAGGCCUCCUGUCUCCCUCCAUCUCCUCCCUCCAUCACGCUGUUGGGCCUCCAGCCUUGGGCUCUUGGGAGGCGGCUCUGUCCAGACUGGCGUGGGUGCUGGCGUCUUGGCCAUUUCUUACUUGAAGCAUCAUGUUUUAGGUUCGGGACUAGUGCCCGGCGGGCGUGGAUGCCCAGGAGAGAACGUGGGCAUGCAGUGACUUUCUCUGUGCUUGGGCACCAGCCAUGUGGAACUCAGAAGGGGAGCAUGGAUCUUGUAGUCUUGCCUUUUCUGUUGUUUUACCAUCUCGCUUUGAUGCCUCGCCAGAGGAAAAAGGUUCUCUUCCCACUAACAAAGCGCUAAGUCCACACAUACAAAAUGACUGUACUCAGGGCCCCCUCCCCCCGCAUUUUGUUCUCCCUCCCUCCAUUUCAGACAUCCUCCCAUUAAACUUUGGAGACCCAGGGACAGAGGGUGCUUGGUGCUGACAAAGGCAUGAGUGAUAAAGUUGCUGGAGUCCGGUUGGGCCCCUCCUUGGGCCCUUAUCCCGUGCCCAGGGUUCCCCUUUCAUGGCCCCAGCCCUGCAUGUACUUGCAUGCUCAGCCUUGGGCGGGGGGUGGCGAGUGCCAGACUCCCUAUGCCUCGGGACAGCUAAGGCCUGGCCUCUGUCUGUCUGUCUUGUGUGUAGAGGAAAGCUUAUGUGGAAGGACUGAGCUUCUCAGGUUGGAUGUGGAAGGAAAGUCUGGCGGUGGGAUGGUGAAGGGAGCUCCCAUGGCCGCUAGUGUUGUUGGGGAGAGAGCCCCGGGUCCGAGCAGAAGAGGCCGCUGGGAAUCGGCCAGGCCGGCUCUGUGGGUUUGGCCUUGGAGCUGAAGAGGGGCAAGAGUAGGCCCUGGAUGGCAGGCCACAGUUUGAGGGCAUCCAGGCCUUUGGUACCGUGCACCUUUUGUGCAGAAGUAGAGAAUGAGGCAUGUGAACACGACUUGGGUGCAGAGAGAGGGGUGUGUUUGUGUGUGUGUGUAUGUGUAUGUGUGUACCUUCCGGUGUCAGAUUGCUGGUGGCGGCGGGGUGUUUGAAGUAGUGUCGGUCUGAGGUGGGAAGAGGGUGAGGAAAAGUCAUGCCGAUUUUCGUCUGUUGCUUGUGUCUUAUUUAAGUGAAUGGAUGCCUGAAGCUGGGGGGUGUGGGUGGGAUGGGAGCGGGCUGGUUGGUGUUUGGUGUUAAGCCGUGAUAGCCCAGAGGAGAACCAGUGAAUUAUCCCAAGAUCGGCUCUUAUAGAGCGGCCAUAGUAUUCUGUCAAAAUAUUUGCUUCCAUUUUCAACGAUAAAAUCAUUGAUUACAAAA